AAGCAUGUGCUACAUAUAAAGCCUAACACCAUUUCCGUCUCCCUCUUUGGUCCGAAAAACUCAACACUGAACGCGAAAACGAAAAGCAAAAGGGAAUUAGGGUUUAAGAAACCGCAAUGGAUUUCACAUCAGCGAAGAACGCAUCAGAGAACAACAACAACAACAACAACUCAGAAAACUCUCACCAAAUCGCUGAUUCUUCUCCUCAAUUAGCUUCUGAUUCCCACAAUAUCAAAGAAACCGAAGAGCGACAAUCACGUGAACUCAAAGCUGGUCUUCACCCUCUAAAGAGCAAGUUUGUAUUUUGGUACACUCGUCGGGUACCUGGGAUUCGGAAUCAGUCAUAUGAGGACAACAUAAAGAAGAUUGUUGAGUUCAGUACGGUUGAAGGAUUUUGGGUCUGUUAUUGCCAUAUUUCUCGUCCUGCUUCUUUGCCUAGUCCAACAGAUUUGCACCUUUUUAAAGAAGGAAUUCGUCCGUUAUGGGAGGACUCUGCUAACUGCAAUGGUGGAAAAUGGAUUAUACGAUUCAAAAAGGCCGUCUCAGGUCGUUUUUGGGAGGACCUGGUGCUUGCUUUAGUGGGUGACCAGUUGGAUUAUGGUGAUAACAUAUGCGGUGCAGUACUAAGCAUUCGAUUCAACGAGGAUAUAGUGAGUGUGUGGAACCGCAAUGCUUCUGAUAAUCAGGCUGUAAUGGCUUUGAGAGAUUCGAUUAAGCGUCACUUAAAGCUUCCUCACAGCUAUGUUAUGGAGUACAAGCCCCACGACGCUUCUCUGCGAGACAAUUCAUCUUACAGGAAUACUUGGUUGAGAGGCUAGAGAUACAACUGUGCUUGUCCAAGUCCCCUUGACUGACGCUUUUGUAUACUUGUGGUCAUUGGCCACAGUCUAAUGAUGAUGUUGGGUGUUUCAGGACUGGUUCUGACUUUUGAAUUAAAUGUACGAAGCAACAUUUUGAAUGCUUUAUUGAAAGUUUCAUUUGGUUA